GGGGCUUGUGGGGCGCGGCUGCGUAUGGUCUUUUGCUCCCCCCGCCUUGCAGAAAACUCGUGAAAGCGGCCUUGCUACGGUGGCUGCCAGAGAUCAUUUUAAGCCCCUCCGUGUGGGACUCGCCGCGACGCGAAAGAAGAGCGCAGGGAAGCAGGGGAGCCCGCAAGCCGGCCGGGAGGCGUGGCGCGUCGCCUGGUCCUUGGGGCUGCUGCGGGAAGACCUCCGCACGCUCGGCUGCUGGCGCUACGAGGGCUCUGCCUCUCUCCCGCUCUCUCUUUCCUUUGUCACCGAAAGCUCCCGGGUAGCAAAGCCAAGGAGGAGGAUGGAGAAAGAGAAAAUUUUAAUGAAAUCUAAUGUUGCAGCUUCUAACCUUCUGAGAACAUUACAUUCCCUUUAUCGGCUUGGUCACUUCUGUGAUGUGACAAUUCACACAGACCAACUUGGAAUCCAGGAGGAAUUUUCUGUUCACAAAGCUGUAUUAGCAGCUUCCAGCAAUUACUUUAAAAGUUUGUUUCUCAGUGAUGAAAUGCUGAAUGCCCAGAAUUGCAAGGUGACCCUCCAAGACAUUCAUGCUGAAGAAUUUGUCUCCUUCCUAAAGUUUGUCUACACAACUGAAGUAGAAAUUGAAGUGGACAGGCUGCACCGGAUAAAGGAGGUUGCUGAAAAACUUGAAUGCAAGGAUCUGCUUGAGGCUUUUGAAGAAAUGAAGGCAGAUUUAACUGUACAUUUGAAAAGCCAUGAAAGUAGUGGGUGUCUCUGGAAUCAAACAGAACAAGUAGAAGUCAAAGAACAGAGUGACUUGUCCCAAAUCUUGGCAACCCCUAUGAAAAAGAACCUUUGGGACAGAAAGAAGCAUAGAAAACUGUCAUCUAUUUAUGAUGCUAUUGAAAAUAAACCUGGGUGUCCUAACAAACAUAGGGCCCCACUUGCCAAGUUCAAAGAAGAGAAGGCAGGCUCAGCUGAAUGCAGCAAGGUAGACAUGCAUGAAGUUCACAACACAGGCAAUCCCAGCCAGGAAGAAAGCGACACCAGCUGUUCUUCACCAGAUCAGGUGGACUCAAUGGAAACUUGCAUUGUUAUAAGCAAGAUAUUCCCUGGCCAAAAGGAGGAGGAAAAUAAUUUGAUUCUUGGUCAAGCUAAACUCAGAAAAUCCCCACGUAGCAUAUCAAAAGUCUUGCCACAGAGAUAUGCGUGUGCCAAAUGUAAUCAUUCUUUCCAUUUUGCCAAGGGGUACCAGUCACACAUGCAACUGGAACAUGACAUACACCUGGCCAUUAAAUAUAGCUGCAGUGUGUGUGACCAGCUCUUUUCCAGCUGCCAAAAACUGCAACAGCACAGGCUUGCCGUUCACCACAGCAAGCAGCACUUCCCCUGCAUGUUGUGUGACAAGAAGUUCAAGUGCCAGAAGGAUCUCAGCGACCACAUCCGGAGGGUGCAUGAGAAGAAACAGAAUCCUCAGCGGUGUCCCUACUGUGACAAGGUGAUCAGCUCCAAAUGUGGACUGACUGUUCAUGUUCGAACACACACAGGGGAAAAACCUUAUAAGUGCACAUCUUGUCCUGCACGUUUUGCUCAGAGGUCUGCCUUUAAUACUCAUGUAAGAAAAAUGCAUGAAUCCAAGCAAGAUGGGAAUGUCAUGUCUGAUUACUGGAUGAUAGUCCCACCUACAGAAAGAGCAGGUAUUGUUCAUGGUGAAAUUGAUGUGAAUAACAAAACAUGUCAGGAGGCACCAAAUAUUGACUUGCCAAGAGAAUUUGGGGGUGAAAAAUCUCAGGAGUUAGAGAGAGAAUCCAGACAUUCUCUUGCAAUAGAACCAGAGACUGACAAUAAAGAGGAACGUAAUGAGCAAUGUGACAUGAAAAGAGGAAAUGCUGAAGAACACAGAGCUGUUGUUGAAGGCAGUGCAAAAAGAGAAAAGGACUAUAGAGCUGAAAUAGAUAGCACUGAAGAUGAAGAGGUGCCUUUGGAUGAUGAUGACUCAAAGGAUCAAGAUGGAGGAGAAAAUAAAUCAGAUGCUGAUGUCAAAGUAAGGAAAAUGAACAAAAGUAAGGCAACUAAAAAAACUGCUUAUGUUAUAACCUGUCCAAAAUGUGCUGAGAAGUUUGUGUCACAGAAAAAAUACGUUGACCACUGCAGAGAUGUCCAUCACUCUUUGCCUGGUAAAAUCUAUCAGUGUGAUGUUUGUAGUAAGUCCUUUGCGAGCUGCAACAGCUGGAAAGAGCACCGUGCAUGUGUUCACACAGAGGACAGGCAGUUUGCCUGCACCCUCUGUAAUGCCACCUUUAAAAGGAAGAGAGAUGUGAGGACACACUGUGUGCGGAAGCACGAAGGAAGAGUGAAGCGCCCCCUCUGCUCUGUCUGUGGAAAGAUCCUGAGUUCUAGAACAGCACUCGUAUUUCACAUGAGGACACACACAGGAGAGAAGCCGUACCAGUGCAGUGUUUGCUGCUCACGAUUUGCUCAGCCAUCACAGCUCAAGAUUCACACAAGGUCCCAUACAGGUGAGAAGCCAUAUAUCUGUGAGGACUGUGGGGCAUGUUUUGCAGACAAAGGCAAGCUUAAUGGCCACAAGAGGACACAUACAGGAGAACGUCUCUUCAAAUGUGAUGUGUGUGGAAAACAUUUUGCCACCAAUGAAUACCUGAAAUGCCACAAGCGCUGCCACAUGGGAGCCAAGCCAUAUAAAUGUGAUGUGUGUGGAAAAACCUUUGGACUGAGAGCCUCAUUAGCCCAACACAACAAUGUUCAUGCAGAAACUCCUCCCUAUUUCUGUGAGCAGUGUGGAAAGACAUUUACUCAGCAAGGAGCCCUUAGACGUCACCAGCGUAUCCACACUGGAGAAAAGCCAUACAAAUGUAGGGCUUGUGAAAGAACCUUCACAGACAUGUCUACCUUGAGAAGGCACGUCCUGGUCCAUGAUCGGAAUGCUCAUUGGAGGAGUUUCUUAAUAGAUCUUACUAUCAAAAAGAAUCAUAACUGGUCCAAAAUAGAGACUUUAUCCAAUAUCUGUUUAGCAGAGGACUCUACGACAAUUUGGUCUGGUGUCCAGAGUAAAAUUUAUACACCAGAAACUAUAAGUGUAAAAAAAGUAGAACACAUACCAUGUAACAGUAAUGUAAGAGAUCCUGACCAUUCCCUUAUGUGUUUAUAGGCUUAAACAUUAAGGUUGGGGAAGGACAUUGCUACCACCUUCAGCUUGUUCCUUCUGUGGGCACUUCCUCCAUCUGCUCAUGGGUUCUACAGAUGAGCCAUGCUAGCAGUUCAGCCUCACCCAGUAGGAGACAUGACCAUUGUGGAAUCCUUAGAAAUGGAGCACUGCUUUUCAGCCUAGGUGCUAGCUCCACUAAAAGCUUUUUGGGAGUCAAAUAGUCAGAGUUCAAAAGGUCAUCACUGCCUUUGAUAGCAAAGGUAGCUGCAUAAGUCUUAGAAACUUAAGACUUUCUUGGACUGCGUACUUAGAUUCUGGCACGGCAGGAGUGGGUUUUACGCCAGUGAAGAGGGAUGUCAGCAGUUAAGCAUGUGGGCAUCAUAGCAAGAUGUUGCUUCUCUGUGGGGACAGGCUGUAUGUUAUGAGUCCCAAGGGAAAGCUGUUCUGUGUGAACAGAUGCUUUCCACUGUUACAAUUUACAGAGAGGUAGCCUACUUAGUCUAUUGUAGUAAAAGCUGUGGAGUGUUGGGACACAAGAGCAUAAGCUUCCAUGGGCCCACUGAUUGAUUGAUUGAUUGAUUGAUUGAUUGAUUGCAUUUCUGUACUGCCACACAGCUGAAAUUCUCUGGGAAGCUUAAUUCAUCAGAUACACAGAGUGCUGUCCUGAAGUUACAGGGAUAUUAUACCAAGACUGUGGGUGGGGAAGGAUUAAGAGUCAUAGAAUCAUAGAAUAGCAGAGUUGGAAGGCACCAUUAAGGCCACUGGGUCCAACGUCCUGCUCAAUGCAGGGCUCCAAGUUAAAGCAUCCCUGACAGAGGAGAGCCCACAAUUUCCCUAGAUAAUUAGUUCCAUUGCUUUAACAUUUAGGAAGUUUUUCUGGAUGUCCAGCCAGAAUCUGGUUUCCUGUAAUUGGAAGCCAUCAUUCCAUGUCCUGUACUCCAGCAUGACCAAGAAGGUAUCCUGGCCUUUCUCUGUGGGACAGCACUUCAAAAGCGUUAUCAUAUCUCCCCUCCAUUUUCUCCAGGCUAAAAAUGCACAAUUCUUCCAAUCUCUCUCCGUAGAAUAUUGUUUUCAGUCCCAAAUUACCUCCAUGGUUUUCACCUAAACCUUUUUCAGUUUGUCUGCAUCAGUGCCCAGAAAUGGAUGCAGAACUCAAGAUGAGGCCUAAAUAGUGCUGAGUAAAGCAAAAUUGUACU